AUGGCAUCCCAUGCAGCCCUCGGAUCUACCGCCAUCGAUAAGAAAGAAUACCCCGCGGCCAUUACACAUUUAACUAAAGCUAUCGCUGAAAACCCAGCCUCCCCAAACUACUUCAUCCUCCGCUCCACAGCACAUCAACGUGCCAAAAAUCACGAAUCAGCUCUCGCGGAUGCUGACGCUGCCGUCCAUGCAGCUGUUGCUCGUUCUCGUCGCGAACUCAUCGCCACAGCACAAUUCCGUCGCGCGGUUGCUCUUCAUGGUCUACGCAGAUUUGGAGAUGCGAGAUUGUGUUUGAAUUGGUGUAGACAGAAGAAUGAGAAGGAGAAGGGAUUAACUCUUUGGCAGGCAAAGGUUAAGGCCGAUUAUGACAAUGCCGGUGGUGAAGAUGCUGAGUGUAAUAAGUGUACUGUGAAGGAGAUUCCUGAGAAACAGGUUGCCAUAGUGGAGGAGGGCAAAGCACCUGAAAAGUCUGCUGCUGCUUCAGCUACUCCAGUAUCGGUUCCAGCGACUACUCCAAAGGAGAAGAUUAGACACGAAUGGUUUCAAUCAAGCUCCAAGGUUACUAUUACUAUUUUCGCAAAGGGUGUUGCGAAAGAUACUGCACAAAUUACGAUCGAAGAAGGACAGGUUGAAGUUUCAUUCCCAAUUGGAGAAACUGGCACUACAUACGAUUUCACAGCUUCACCACUCUACGCUCAAAUCGAUCCUGCCCAAAGCAAGUUCACUAUCACUCCAAAUAAAGUCGAAAUUGAUUUACAGAAGUCAAAGCAAGGACUCAAGUGGUCUAGUUUGGAAGGGACGGAGCCUAUAAUCGGCAAAUCCACCGAAGAGAAGAAAUCAGAAAUUCCAGCUGCCGUUCUAAAUCCCUCAAUCGGAAAGGCCCCUUCCUACCCAACAUCAUCUCGUAAUGGACCCAAAGACUGGGAUGCCCUCGCAUCGUCAGCUCUCAAAUCCGAGCAGAAAGAAGGAGGCAAGGAAACAACUGGAGACGAUGACGAUGAAAGUGGUGAUCCAAUGGAUUCCUUCUUCAAAAAACUCUAUAAAGAUGCUGAUCCAGAUACUAAGAGGGCGAUGAUGAAGAGUUUCCAAGAAAGUAAUGGUACUGCAUUGAGUACCAAUUGGGCUGAUGUCAAGAAGGGUCCCGUUGAGACGAAUCCACCUGAAGGAGUUGAAGCAAAGAAAUGGUAG